AUUUCUUAUCGCUUCCCUCCCCCGCCCCCUUCCCCCCAUGGCUUCCCUCCUCACGCUCCCGUCCCUCUCCCUCUCCAGCCCCAGCGGCGGCGGCACCGCCGGGCUCGCGCCCGCGCUCCGGCUCCGCGCCGCCUUCCGCUGCUGGGCGCUCGGCCGCAGGUGGGCGGGCGCCGCCGCGGCCAUCGCGUCGCCCAACUCCGUGCUCAGCGAGCACGCCUUCAAGCGCCUCGGGCUCGGCGGCGGCAGCGACGACGAGGAUGAGGAGGGGUACGGGAGCGACCAGGAGGGGCCCGCCGUGGAGGGGCUGCAGCAGGGGGACGCGGAUGAGCUCGCCAUUUCCAGGCUCGGCCUCCCCGCCCAGCUGGUCGCCACCCUCGAGAAGCGCGGAAUUACCCAUCUCUUCCCCAUCCAGAGGGCUGUAUUGAUUCCAGCACUUGAGGGCCGUGACCUGAUUGCAAGAGCAAAGACUGGAACUGGAAAGACGUUAGCCUUUGGUAUACCCAUGAUCAAGCAAAUAAUCGAGCAGGACGAAGGGCGCACCCCUGGGCGAGGUCGUAUUCCUCGAGCUUUGGUCCUUGCACCCACUAGAGAACUGGCUAAACAAGUUGAGAAGGAAAUUAUGGAAUCAGCACCAAAGCUUAGUACAGUGUGUGUUUAUGGUGGUGUCUCGUAUAAUACCCAGCAGAAUGCACUCUCCCGUGGUGUUGAUGUUGUCGUAGGAACUCCAGGUCGCCUAAUUGAUUUGAUAAACGGUGGAAGUCUUCAGUUGGGAGAAGUUAGGUAUCUUGUCCUUGAUGAGGCUGACCAGAUGCUUGCAGUUGGGUUUGAGGAAGAUGUGGAAACAAUAUUGCAACAGCUGCCAGCCGAACGACAAAGCAUGCUUUUCUCUGCGACCAUGCCUAGUUGGGUGAAGAAAUUGUCUAGGCGGUACUUGAAUAAUCCUUUGACAAUUGAUUUGGUUGGCGAUCAAGAUGAAAAACUAGCUGAAGGAAUCAAACUCUUUGCUAUUCCACUCACAACGACUUCAAAGCGCACCAUUCUUAGUGAUCUCAUUACGGUAUAUGCAAAGGGUGGGAAAACUAUUGUUUUCACUCGGACAAAACGGGAUGCAGACGAGGUAUCAUUGGCAUUGACAACCAGUAUUGCAUCUGAGGCGCUUCACGGUGAUAUUUCACAACAUCAGCGUGAGAGGACAUUAAAUGGUUUCCGCCAAGGGAAAUUUACUGUUCUUGUGGCAACUGAUGUUGCUUCUCGUGGUCUUGAUAUACCCAAUGUUGAUUUGAUUAUUCAUUAUGAGUUGCCAAAUGACCCUGAGACUUUUGUUCAUCGUUCUGGGCGCACUGGACGAGCAGGGAAAGCAGGGAAUGCAAUCUUAAUGUUUACAACCAACCAGCGAAGGACAGUUAAAUCACUUGAACGUGAUGUUGGAUGCAAAUUUGAAUUUAUUGGCCCACCUACAAUGGAAGAAGUCCUUGAUUCAUCUGCAGAGCAUGUCAUUGCUACUCUGCGAGGUGUGCACCCUGAGUCGAUUCAAUACUUUGUUCCAGCGGCUGAGAGACUAAGCCAAGAACUAGGACCUACCGCCCUUGCUUCUGCAUUGGCACAUCUGAGUGGAUUUUCUCAGCCACCUUCUUCACGUUCCCUGAUUAGCCAUGAGCAGGGAUCGGUGACAUUACAACUUACCAGGGAUCCGGCAUAUGCAAGAGGCUUCUUUUCUCCUAGAUCUGUCACUGGUUUUCUGUCUGAUGUCUCUCCAUCUGCUGCUGAUGCAGUUGGAAAAAUAUACCUAAUAGCAGAUGAGAGGGUCCAAGGAGCAGUAUUUGAUUUACCCGAGGAGAUUGCAAAGGAUCUGCUUACUAUGGAACUGCCCGAAGGAAACACCUUGAGCAAAGUAACAAAGCUGCCGGUGUUGCAAGAUGAUGGCCCUGCUACCGACUCUUACGGCCGAUUCUCAAACUCGGACCGGGGUUCUAGGAACCGGCGGGGGUCGUCCAGGGGCGGUAUGGGCGGCGGCUCAAGAGGCCGUGGUAGUUGGGACUCUGAUGAAGGAUUCCGUCGCGGUGGCAGGAGCUCUAGCAGACCUGACAACGAUAUUUGGUCAGAUGAUGACUUUUCAGGUGGUGGUGCAAGGAGAUCAAACCGUUCGUCAUCCCCCGGCGGCGGCCGCUCGUCCUAUGGUGGGCGUGGAGGCUCAUCAUCCUUCGGUGACAGAUCCUCCUCCUUUGGUGAACGCUCAUCGUCAUACGGUGGUCGUGGUGGCUCUUCCUUUGGAAGCAGGGACAGAAGCUUCAGUGGCGCAUGCUUCACAUGUGGGCAAUCAGGGCACAGAGCAUCAGACUGCCCAAACAAGUAGAUGGUCCAGACGACGUGCUGCUUGCCUGCCGCACUGCUCCGUUCGGGCCUCAUCAGCUUUCGACAAGCGGCUGGACAAAGUUGAACACAAUGGCAAGGAACAUCGAAGGUCGGCCUCCCUUGGCGCGUUGAUCUGAUCUGCAUAUGCCCGAUGAACGGCUGGCGUGCUAGAUACUACAGUUUUUUGUGUGUGUCGUUUCACCGGGGAGAUGAUUUUUGGCACGCUGCUGACCCCGCCGAUGGAGAGCCUGGCCUUCCGCUAAGUUAUCCGUGUAAUAUCUAGGGGUUCUACAGAGACAUACGCUUGUUUUAAUUUUUUUGGUUUGCCGCUUGUCGGAGUCGGUGAUAGAGUGUUAACAACAGCUACUACAUGGGCCUUGUAAAGUUCUACAGAACCAAGAAAGCAUUCAGAACUGUUA